UGAAAAUCGUAGGUUUCGCCCGCGCUGCGCUGCCCCAUUGCGGCCGAGGAGCCGUGAGCCUUGGAGUUUGGGAGUUUAGGGUCUGAGCCGGCGGGGAUUUCUUCUUGGGAGGCCGCUGGACUUAGAUCGGAGCAACACUUAGGAGACGCGGUGCAGUCGAGCAGAGCGACCAUGGGGACCACAGCCCCGGGGCCCAUUCAUCUGCUGGAGCUGUGUGAGCAGAAGCUUUUGGAGUUUGUCUGCAAUGUGGACAAUAAGGACUUGGUGUGGCUCGAGGAGAUCGAAGAGGAGGCUGAGCGCAUGUUUACCAGAGAAUUCAGCAAGGAGCCUGAGCUGAUGCCUAAGACACCUUCUCAGAAGAACCGACGGAAGAAGAAACGUAUUUCUUAUGUUCAAGAUGAAAACAGAGACCCCAUCCGGAAAAGGUUGUCCCGCAGAAAGACUCGGAGCAGCCAGCUGAGCUCCCGGCACCUGCGGAGCAAGGACAAGGUGGAGCAGCUGGCCACGGCGGUGGCGGAGAACGGCUCUGUCCUGCGGCGGGUGACCCGGGCCGCAGCUGCCGCUGCCGCAGCCAACACGACUGCUGCUUUGCCCACCCCGGAGUCUCCCACAGCACUGACCAAGAAGCCCAAGAACAGCAUCGCCAAGUGCCAGCUGGUGCCCAUGGUGGAGAUAGGUGUCAGCGAGCGCUGCAGUGCCGAGCUACACCUCAGCCAGCUCAAGUCUGCCCGCACUCCGGCCCCCGCUCCGGCCCCCGCUCCGGCCCCCGCUCCGGCCCCAACCCCGCCUCCAGCUCCAACCCCGGCUCCAGCCACAGCGCCGGCCUCCCAGAUCACCUCAGUAUCCGAUGAGGAAUGUCUGACUUCUUCAUCACCUAAGAAAUCAGAAUCUGUCACCGUGAGCUCCCUGAUGACCACACCCCAGGACCCCAAGGGACGAGGGGUCGGAGCAGGCCGGUCUGCCUCCAAGCUCAGGAUUGCGCGGACCUCCCCAGGCCUACAGGACUCACCUGGCUCUCCAGCCUCGCCGUGGCGGGAGCGGGUGCUGGCUCCCAUCCUGCCGGAUAACUUCUCCACGCCGACGGGCUCCCGUGCAGCCCCACAGUCGAUGCAACGCAGCCCGAUCGCCCCGUCCUCCCCAGGUCCCCAGGCUUCUCUGUCCCAGAAGUACUCCCUGGUGGCCAAACCGGAGGGCACCGUCCGUAGGUCAAGCAGAAAGAUUACCAAGAAGGCCACCAAAGAGCAGGCCCCCUCUGCCCGCAUCAUCUGUCACAGUUACCUAGAGAGGCUCCUGAAUAUUGAGGUGCCCCAGAAAGUCAGCCCCAAGCAGAAAGAGCCCAGCGAGGAGGCCGAGUCUGCGGAGGUGGCUGAGCCUGCGGAGGUGGCUGAGCGUGAGGUCCCCAAGAAUGACGGGAAUACCUUGUGGUCCCACAGUGCUACCAAGAUCGCCAUUAGCACGCCGGGCUCGCGGCCUGGGGCUGGUGGCCAGGAAACAUCCUCUGAAGGGCAGCAAGAGGCCAAGACCGACCAAGCAGGUGACCCCAAGGAGCCACCCCAGAGUGUCAGGAGGAAGCGUAGCUACAAACAGGCUGUGAGUGAGCUGGACGAGGAGCAGCAGCUGGAGGAAGAGGAGCUGCAGCCCCCCCGGAGCAAGACCCCUUCCCCUCCCUGUCCAGCCAGCAAGGUGGUACGGCCCCUCCGGACCUUCCUGCACACCGUGCAGAGGAACCAGAUGCUCAUGACCCCGACCUCAGCCUCCCGCAGCAGCGUCAUGAAAUCCUUCAUUAAGCGCAACACUCCCCUGCGCGUAGACCCGAAGUGCAGCUUCGUCGAGAAGGAGCGGCAGCGCCUGGAGAACUUGCGGCGGAAGGAGGAGGCCGAGCAGCUCCGCCGGCAGAAGGUGGAGGAAGACAAGCGGCGGCGGCUGGAGGAGGUGAAGCUGAAGCGCGAGGAGCGCCUCCGGAAGGUGCUGCAGGCCCGGGAGCGGGUGGAGCAGAUGAAGGAGGAGAAGAAGAAGCAGAUCGAGCAGAAGUUUGCUCAGCUGGAUGAGAAGACCGAGAAGGCCAAGGAGGAGCGACUGGCUGAGGAGAAGGCCAAGAAAAAGGCAGCGGCCAAGAAGAUGGAGGAGGCGGAGGUGCGCAGGAAGCAGGAGGAGGAGGCUCGGAGGCUCAGGUGGCUCCAACAGGUGCGAAGGCAGCGGCGGCACCAGGAGCUGCUGCACAAGAAGAAGGAGGAGGAGCAGGAGCGGCUGCGGAAGGCGGCCGAGGCCAAGAGGCUGGCGGAGCAGCGUGAGCAGGAGCGGCAGCUGGCGGAGCAGCGUGAGCAGGAGCGGCUGCAGGCCGAGAGGGAGCUGCAGGAGAGGGAGAAGGCCCUUCGGCUCCAGAGGGAGAAGCUGCAGAGAGAACUGGAGGAGAAGAAGAAGAAGGAAGAGCAGCAGCGCCUGGCUGAGCAGCAGCGGCUGCAGGAGGAGCAGAAGAAAGCCACGGAGGCUGCAGCGGCCAGCAAAAGCUUGAACGUGACCGUGGAUGUUCAGUCCCCGGCUUGUACCUCGUAUCAAAUGACUCCACAAGGGCACAGGGCCCCUCCCAAGAUCAACCCAGAUAACUACGGGAUGGAUCUGAAUAGCGAUGACUCCACCGAUGAUGAGGCCCACCCCCGGAAACCCAUCCCCUCCUGGGCCAGAGGCACACAGCUCAGCCAGGCCAUCAUCCACCAGUACUACCACCCCCCGAACCUUCUCGAGCUCUUCGGAACCAUCCUCCAGCUGGAUUUGGAAGACAUCUUCAAGAAGAGCAAGCCGCGCUACCACAAGCGCACGAGCUCUGCCGUCUGGAACUCGCCACCCCUGCAGGGCACCAGGGUCCCCGGCAGCCUCGCCUACAGCCUGAAGAAGCACUGAGGCAGCCCCUGUCUGUGUCUGUCUGUCCGUCACUCUGUCGAUCUGGUGCCCUCCUGCCUGGUAUUCUGUCACUGGGGGUUUGGUCGCAUGUAUGUCAACGUUCUCUGUGCUGCAGAUGGAAGGUGGCCCGGGCUUGUUAGGAGGCUGUGCCUGGCGGGUGUCAGGGGAAGUGCCAAGCCUGCCCUGCCUGGCCCACAGGCAGCACUUUGUAAAUAGAUUGUUAUAAUUCAGCUGAAUUUUAUCCUCUAGUGUUUGAGAGCUAGAUAAAUAAAGUCUGUUCCUUCAA